UUGUUGCCUGCAUUACGUUAAGUGGCCAUGAAAAGAAGUGAGGAGCAGAGCGCUUGACACUCGAAUUCACGGAGAACAGCUUCCUCGCAGAUAGCAGGCCAUAAGCUUGAAGAGCCCGGCAUUUUCUUUCCAUAUAAAUGUAUUAUUCAAGGUAGAUAUGACGGAAAUGUUUUCAACUCUUUUCGGGUCAAAUGAAGCUCAGGGACCACCUGGUUCUUCGUCUCUGGGUUUUGGACCGGGGAAGCCUCCACCGCCUAUGCCGCAAAACCAAGUUGCCAUGGCGGGUCAGAUACCACCGCAGCUCGGGGAUGAAGGGCCUGCUCUACGGAAGCCUGGAGCUAUGAAUGAACCUUUCUAUUUACUGCGGGAGCUGCCUGGUACUGUGGGGAACGAGUUAACGGGAAACACCAACCUCAUCACGCACUACAACCUGGAGCACGCUUACAAUAAGUUCUGCGGGAAGAAGGUGAAGGAGAAGCUCAGCAACUUUCUGCCAGAGUUACCAGGUAUGAUUGACUGUCCGGGCACACAGGACGGCAGCUCAUUACGCUCUCUGAUUGAUAAGCCUCCAGUGUGUGGAAACUCCUUCAGCCCACUGACUGGCGCUCUGCUAACAGGCUUCAGACUACACACAGGACCGCUCCCAGAACAGUACAGACUGAUGCACAUACAGCCUCCAAAGAAGAAGAGCAAGCACAAGCACAAACACCAUCGACCGCAGGAUCCAUUACCACAAGAAACGCCGUCAGACUCUGAUCCCAAGAAAAAGAAGAAAAAGAGAGAUGAUGAUCCUGAUCGCAAGAAAAAGAAGAAAGACAAGAAAAAGAAGAAGAACCGCCACAGUCCAGACCACCCCGGUCUCGCUGGAUCACAACCCAACAGCAACAGCCUCAGAUAGACAGCCCACUGUGUGCAUGCCUGUGUUUGGAUGCGUGACUUUUGUAAGAGGAUGUGUGUGUAUUUUACAAGUAAUUGUAUUAUUAAGAGUAUGUUUAAAGAGAGAAAUAAAUGUAUGGUGUGCGAAAGAGUGAGCUGUGACAGGAUGUGAUGGAAAGAUUGAUUUCAGUACAGUGUAAAAGGCAGAUAAGCUGUGUGGUGCUGUGGAUGACGACGUGUGUGUGUGUGUGUGUGUGUGUCUCUCUCUUUAAAAAUGUUGUAAUAUCU